UUCACACCCCCACCCUCUGGCGUAAGUGGUCAUUGGCAGGCAUCCUUCAAAGGAGAUGGGGGCGGGGUAUCUCUGAUAGACGCAUCUGCACAAAGCAGCACGUUUUCCCAUCAAAGCCCUGGAGAGGAGAAAGAAACACCGCUCAGCACUUGGCUGAUUUUCAGGUGCACACGGAGCAGCGCAUCAAGCAGCCUUGGGUCAGAACAAGCGGAUUCGGAGUCGAAGCGAAUGCAGGGGCCAGCGCGGGUCAGGGACUGCGGGCCGGGGGCGGUGCCGGCCACACACGCGGAGAGAAGCCGGGGCCCAGGAUCCGCGGGUUAGGAAAUGUGACCCUGGCGACCCCAAACGCCCCCGCCUCCCUCGCUGCCGCUCCACCUGCACGCGGAGCGCGCGGAGCCGCUGGUGGAAGCAAUGGCCAGCCCCGCGCCCUUAGUGGCCUCCAUUAGUCACCAAAUGGUGGCUCUGCAGACCCUGCAGCUGCUGCAGCAGGAAUGGGGCUGGGGGGACGGGCCGGGCGCCCCGGGGGGCUCACGCGACCCGGACCACGUGUUGGCCGCUCCUGUCCGCCGCUCAGGCCCGCUGAGGGCCCAGCUGGGGCCGGAGCUGGGGAUGGAGGGCGGGGCCGUGGGGGCCGGGGCGCGGGCGAGCUCCCCGGAGGUGGAGGUGGAGGGGGGCGCUGAGCUGCUGCCCCUCCCCCGGGACCGCGGGCCCUGCACCCUGGCGCGGAUGGCGAUGCGCAGCGCGCUGGCCCGUGUGGUGGACUCGACCUCCGAGCUGGUUAGUGUGGAGCAGACGCUGCUGGGGCCACUCCAGCAGGAGCGGUCCUUCCCCAUCCACCUGAAGGACAGUGUUGAGUUUAGAAACAUCUGCAGUCAUCUGGCUCUACAAAUCGAAGGACAGCAGUUUGACAGAGACUUGAAUGCUGCCCACCAGUGCUUGAAGACCAUAGUCAAGAAGCUGAUCCAGUCCCUUGCCAAUCUUCCUUCGGAUGCCCACAUGGUGGCCUGUGCAUCCUUGAGACAGAUCUUGCAGAAUCUCCCAGACGUGUGAGUGGUAAAGACUUCGGCAUGAAAACCACAGUUAGCACUGUUAAGAGGACUGGAUACCUUGCCUUCCUAACUGAGUCAGUAGACAAUGGAUGUUUGUAUUACCAACCAGGAGACUUGAUAGCACAGGUAGCAGUCAGACACGCUGCUGGUCUAGUCUUCAGAACGACAGCAUGUGAGUGGACAUUUUGUAAAGCAGUAGGUCACAUUUUUAAGUAUGUUGACCUAUUUUCUGACUUUCUGAAAUCUAUUCCACUCUGGAUUAUAUAUGGACAUACUUGUAUUGAUUAAUUCAUACUGUUAGUUUUGAUCAAAUGACACCUUACUCUAUAUUCAUAUUAACAUAGACCUAUAAGGUUUAAUAUGGUUAUUUAUAUGAUUAAAGCUGCAUGGUUCUUAAACUUAUCUUGAAUGAAUGGGAUAUUUGACCACUGAGAUGUUCUACUUACUGAGUACUUCGUUUUAUGUUAUGGGAGCAGUCUUUAGCUGUAGGACCACAUGUGUCAGUAAUUAGGAGUUCCAGUCCUGGCAUUAAUAACUUACUGUUGGGCAGGAAGAGUGGCUUCCAAACCUUGUGCUUUCAUGAAAUGACUUGUAAAUUUAACAUGAUAAUGAGCUAUGAAGUACCAAGGAUAUAUGAUAUGUAAAUACAAAGUACAGUGUUAUUAAAGUCUCAUGUGGAAACAUC